UCAAAACAGUGCAGCUGUCAGCCAAAGUUAGCGGAGCCCCCGUGAAGCGUCAUACUGACCGCCUGAGUGACAGAUCAGCUGCUGCUUCACCUUCAUCAACUUUAACAGUGAUGGUGGAGUGUGUGGCUGUAGAUUAGAGUGCGGGUGCCGCUGGCUGCAGAUGAACACCUGCACGUGGCGGAUCGAGGACCUCCUUCCUUCUCCUGUAACUCGACCUCCAGCCUCCAGCAGCUUCACUUCGCUUCACAGGCAAGACACAGAGAACCAUGAGCUCUCUGCCUAAAAGCGAGUCCACCACCUCUCUGCUCAGAUCCUCGGGGCUUCAACGCAGGUCCGGGCACUCAAAUAACGAUCCUCAUGAUCACCGAAGAAACCGAACUCAGCAUCCCGCCGGAGCUGGAGGCGGAGGGGAUGCGGGCUGGACGGAGGAGUGCGAAACUAGCGCUCAGAGACCACUCUGCCAACCGAGACAAUCAGAGUCCAGAAAUAUGGGUGAUCACCGCGUGCAGAAGAGCCACUCGCACCGGCAGCAGAGCCACCUGGAUGAUGGUUACGCACACGAGGACGUAAGGCACAGGAUGAGUCGGCAUCAUAAGGAACGCACCAAGUCCUCCAGGUCUAAACACCCGCAUCAUCACCACGACUCCUCCAGAGGUGAGCAGCCUCAGCAGAGCGGCCCCCGGCAGGACAAGAGGACCUCUCCGACUCCAUCCUAUCCCAAACAAGAGGACGAGGCGGCUCUCUUCUUCGAACCCAGAGAGAGAGUGAUCACCGGGUCCUCCUCAAGUCUUAGCUCGGAUCCUCCGGCCACCAGCGCACCUGUCCAGCCCUCCUCCAGACGCAAAGCAAAAAGACUGAGCGCGACCCCUUCUGAGUAUGAUUCCAGUCUGCAUCCCAUAGUGAAGUCCGUCUUUGGGCAGGACCAGAAGAAGAACUACAAAGCAGUGCAGUCCUGUGAGGAGGGGGGCUCUGGGGGGGCCUAUCUUGAGCCACUAAUAGCCAUGGCCCAGAACGGAGGCAACAUGCACAACGUACUGGGGCCUGCAUGCAUCUUUCUACGCAAGGGCUUCGCUGAGAGCCGGCAGGCUGACCGAGAGUUGAGGCCAGAAGAAAUGGAUGAGCUGCGUGAAGCGUUCAAAGAGUUCGACAAAGAUAAAGAUGGGUUCAUCGGCUGUAAAGACCUGGGAAACUGCAUGAGAACGAUGGGCUACAUGCCAACAGAGAUGGAGCUGAUUGAACUGAGUCAGCAGAUCAACAUGAACUUGGGAGGACACGUCGACUUUGAGGACUUUGUAGAGCUCAUGGGGCCAAAACUUCUGGCUGAGACUGCAGACAUGAUUGGGGUCAAAGAGCUGAGGGAUGCUUUUAAGGAGUUUGACACUAAUGGUGAUGGCCAGAUCAGCACAGCCGAACUCAGAGAAGCCAUGAAAAAACUUUUAGGACAACAGGUUGGACACAGAGAUCUGGAGGACAUACUGCGAGACAUCGACCUUAACGGAGACGGACACGUGGACUUUGAAGAAUUUGUGCGGAUGAUGUCUCGAUGAGUUUCCGGACAGCUAUUCGUCAGAGUUAAAAACCCACACAUGGAUUCUGGAUACUGCUGCUGCUGCAGGAAGAAGAGGAGAAAGACGAGCACAGAGUCCUGUUGGAUGUUGAACUUCUGAACUGUCAAUGAACAAGGAAAACAAAAACAUAUCAACCCUGCCCUGAAACUGCCACGCUGAAGCACAAAGGCUGACGACUACAGCCGGGAGUGACACUGUUGAUUUUAUGCAGCUGCUGUUUCUUCAAGCAUAAACAAAACCAACAGCUGCAUUUCUGGCUUUUACAAAGUAUAUUUUCAGAAAGCACAUUUCCUUAAGUAAUAACAACAUUUCUAAUGCUGAUGUGGCUGCAUUGUAAAGAGUAUUUGAGUUGUUACGCUCAAAGUAUCAUCAAAAUGAAUAAAUGUAGCAGUAAAUAAGAUGUACUUUAAACAACAAAAUGCCAGCAAAAAGCCAAACCUACACAGCACAUCAUUUUCUAAUGCAGAGGACAUCUUAAGCACAUAACAUAUGGCAAUAUGGAAAGAUUUUAUGCGAUCAUGUUAAGGCUUUGUGUUUGUGUUUUUGUGCGUUCUGAUGUUUCUCUCCAGCCUUUACUAUAAAUGUAAGAUGUCCUUUAUGGCUACUGUCAAACCCUGGUAAAGAAAAGCCAGUAAUGUUUUGUAAUUUUGUGUAAUGUAGCACUGAUGCAGUUCUUAAUAACAUUAUACCUACCUUACUGUGAUAUACAUGUCAUUUUCAGUGUGCAAAAGACAUCUUCAUCUGCAAAAAAAAAUCUCUCUGUGUACAGUGAGUUGCAUCUUUUACUUAUUUGAUUUCAUGUGUUUCGCUUAUUCUGAAUAUUACUUUGCAUGAAUACUCUGAGAUUGACCAAUCAUCAACACCUUCAUUCUCAUUGGUAAAUUAUCAAACCGAAGGUGUAAGCUCUACAUGAGAGAGAGAUUAUGUCAAUGCUUCUUAGCAGAGGUCUUUGAAAUUUGUAUUUAUUUGUUGGGGUUUUGUGAGUUUAAUGGAUCUGAAGAACAGUACAGAAGACAUUUCAACACUGUUGCAACAACUCGACAUUUAACUUUUUUUUUUUUUUUUUUACGUCAAAAUGUCAUGAACAAUCAACUUCCUCCAAACCCGCUCUCCCCAGCAUAAUAAGGAAAAAAACUACAAUUUGCUCCACACGACCAUUAAGUGUUUGUAAAGUAGCAGGAUAUCAUCUCUUUAUGCACACAAAAAAGGCCAAAGAAAGUUUACAAAACAUAAUUUGAGUCUUAUUCAGUCUAAUGCAUAAGUACGCAUCAAUCCAUGAUAUAUGAUUUAUAAUUGGAUUAUAUUUUUAAAAUGGGUGUUUGAAAUGCUGGUUGGUUCCCCUGGGUGGCAAAAACGAUGAUUUGUCUGUUCAUACAUGGACAAAUGGGAAUAUGCAUGCUUUAAAGUUAAGGUAUUCCUCUAAUGGGAAAUCUUACUUUGUGAUUUUAUGUGUCUUAACUGUGUGAAACUAUGCAUGCAAGAAACAACAGGAAUUUGUAGCAGAAUAUAUAAAAAUAAAGAUUUUUAUUGGAACUUGA